AUGAAAGAUUUGGGUUUGGUUAGCUAUUUCCUUGGCUUGGAAAUUUCUCAAGAUUCAUCUAGUUACUUUCUUACCCAGGCCAAGUAUACUUCUGAUCUCUUGGCUCGUGUUGGCCUUACCGAUUGCAAAACUGCCACUACUCCUGUUGAUCCUCAGACUCGUCUUACACCUCUUGAAGGUUCUCUAUUGUCUGAUGCCACCAAAUAUCAUCAGCUAGUUGGUAGUCUUGUUUAUCUCACGGUUACUCGUCCAGAUAUUGCCCAUGCUGUUCACAUUGUCAGUCAAUUCAUAGCUGCCCCCUAUUCUCCACACUAUGAUGCUCUAAUUCGCAUUUUGGGCUAUCUCAAAGGUACUUUGUUUCAUGGUCUUCACUACUCCGCACAGUCUUUUCUACAGCUUCAUGCCUUUUCUGAUACAGAUUGGGCGGGGGAUCCUACUGACCGUCGUUCCACUACUGGGUUCUGCUUCUUCUUGGACACCUCUCUUAUUGCCUGGCGUAGUAAGAAGCAAACUCUUGUUGCUCGUUCUAGUACCGAGGCUGAGUAUCAUGCUCUUGCUCACACUACUCAGGAACUUGUGUGGCUUCGUUGGCUUCUUUCUGAUUUGGGUGUUUCUCCUUCUUCUGCCAUCAAUCUUUAUUGUGACAACCAGAGUGCUAUUCACAUUGCACAUAAUGAUGUCUUCCAUGAUCGCACUAAGCAUAUUGAGAUAGAUUGCCACUUCAUAGGCCAGCAUGUUACUCGAGGCACUGCUCUUCUUCUCUUUCUUACCUUUGAUAAGCAAACCGUCGACCUCUUCACCAAAGCUCAUCUUCCAAGACGUUUCUCUGACCUUCUCACCAAGCUCAAGUUACUCUGUGCCUUACCACCUUGA